CACAAACCAUGUUCUCUGUAGCUGUACUGCUGCUGCUCCUGGCUGCUGGCUCUGGUGUGAAAUGUGAACAGCUUACUCAGCCCGAGUCUCUGACUGUCCGACCUGGUCAACCUCUGACCAUCCGCUGUCAGGUCUCUUAUUCUGUUAGUAGCCACUACACAGCUUGGAUCAGACAACCUGAAGGACAUGCACUGGAAUGGAUUGGUUGGAUUCGUACCGAUGGCAAAAAAGUGAAAGACUCCCUUAGUAGUCAAUUCAGUCUUGCAGUUGACGGAUCCAGUAACACAGUAACUUUGCAAGGGCAGAACAUGCAGCCUGGAGACUCAGCUGUGUAUUACUGUGCCAGACUUUGACUACUGGGGAAAAGGAACAGUUGUGACUGUCUCUGAUUCAGCGGUGCAAGCCCCCACUGUCUUUCCGCUGGUCCAGUGUGGCUCAGGGACGGAAGAGGUCACUAUUGGCUGCAUGGCAACUGGCUUCACGCCGGCUUCACUCACGUUUAAAUGGGAGUUUGGAGGAAGCGAACUGGCAAACGCCGUUCAGUACCCGACCACUAAGAAAGAUAACCAUUAUACAGGAGUCAGCCAGAUCCGUGUCAGGAGACAGGACUGGGACACCCGCAAGCCUUUUACCUGCUCCGCGGAACACGCUGGCGAAACUUUCGAGGCCAAAGUUUUAAAACAAGUGGAGCGGGUUAUCUCUCCAAAUAUCACCCUGUACCCCGUCUGGACCGGCCAGUCUUGGGCCUCGGAGCUGAGCCUGGUGUGCACUCUUAGUGGAUUCUAUCCAGACAAGGUGAGUGUGGAGUGGUUACUGGACGGCCGUGUGCCAGAAACAAGCCCAGUCCAGAACAAGCUGCAAAGUGUUGCGGAAGUGGGGAAAACAUUCACCCUCAACAGCAAGAUUCAGCUGAAAAUUGAGGAGUGGAAAAAGGGCCCAAAUGUUCAGUGCAAGUCAAAAUAUGGACAUGGCAAGGAGGCGACAAGAAACAUCAGUAUCUGUGCAAUUUAUUCAUACCCACCAUCCGUUCAUCUAACGACUCCCAGCUUCAAGACGGUCAUCGAGGCAGGAUCGGAUGUCACAGCAGCAUGUGUGGUACACACUGCGUUUGACGUCAAUGUGACAUGGCAUCUGGAUGGCAAAGCACUAACAACACCCAACCAUGUAACCAAGGUUAAAGAGGGAGCUUUAACCAGGAGCAACCUCACGGUCUCCUCUAGCCAGUGGAAGAAACUAAACUCCAUCACAUGUCGGGCAGAGCACUGCUUCACUACUGUUGAAAAGAACAUGACUGUGGCAGACAGUCGAUGGACAACGGAAAUCGUGGAGCAGGUUAUCCCUCCAAAUAUCACCCUGUACCCCGUCUGGACCGGCCAGUCUUGGGCCUCAGAGCUGAGCCUGGUGUGCACUCUUAGUGGAUUCUAUCCAGACAAGGUGAGUGUGGAGUGGUUACUGGACGGCCGUGUGCCAGAAACAAGCCCAGUCCAGAACAAGUUGCAAAGUGUUGAGGAAGGGGGGAAAACAUUCACCCUCAACAGCAAGAUUCAGCUGAAAAUUGAGGUGUGGAAAAAGGGCCCAAAUGUUCAGUGCAAGUCAAAAUAUGGACAUGGCAAGGAGGAGACAAGAAACAUCAGUAUCUGUGAUAUUUAUUCAUACCCACCAUCCGUUCAUCUAACGACUCCCAGCUUCAAGACGGUCAUCGAGGCAGGAUCAGAUGUCACAGCAGCAUGUGUGGUACACACUGCGUUUGACGUCAAUGUGACAUGGCAUCUGGAUGGCAAAGCUCUAACAACACCCAACCAUGUAACCGAGGUUAAAGAGGGAGCUUUAACCAGGAGCAACCUCACGGUCUCCUCUAGCCACUGGAAGAAACUAAACUCCAUCACAUGUCGGGCAGAGCACUGCUUCACUACUGUUGAAAAGAACAUGAGUGUGGCAGGAUCACUCUCCCAUAGCCAGCCUUCAGCUUUGCUUCUGCAGGGUCCAAAUGAGCUGGUGUGCCUGGCUUACGGAUUCAGCCCUGCGUCCAUCAACAUCACCUGGCUACUCGACGGCACCACACAGCUCAGGAGUUACAAUACUAGUGAACCUCACAGAGGUCCAAAGGGGAAGUUCAGCAUCCAAAGCCGACUCCCUCUUUCCCCCCACGAAUGGCUACCUGGGCAGAUGUACACCUGCAGGGUGAACCAUUGUAACGGAAACAUAGCCCUGAACAUGUCCAAACCAGAGAUUCUUGAAGAAAGUGUGUUAUUUGACGAGAACAAACAGGUUUUUGUCCAAGACAUGGGGGAGGACAACUGGAUGAUGACCAUUACCUUCCUCCUCCUGUUCUUCGUCUCCCUUUUCUAUGGCAUCUUGGUCACGGUUAUAAAGACAAAGUGAGAAGGACCUCAAGAAACAUCUAGUGGAUCCUGUAAUGUGAAGCUGAGGAUGCAAAGGAAGCAACUAUUUCCAUUAGAGCAAUGAAUUAUAACUGAUGUAUGAUGAUAAUGUUAUGUGACUAGCCAUAACGAAUAUGAUAAUAAAAAAUAUAGGAUAAAAUAAAAAUGAUAUCAAUGGUACCUGGAAAAUUCUAAACAUUGUAUUAGGAUAUAAACCAUAAAGUGGAGUCAAGGGAGUCUAUAUACAGCCUGCUUUGAUUUAUUGAGUCAAGAUUAUGGAACCUUAAAGAUUUAAUAGUUGACUGAUUUCUGGUAAUUUACUUUACCAGAAAAUGUAAAGAUUCCUUGUACAUAAGAAAGUGAUACUUCUUACCUAUGUGCUGUUCCGCAACCCUGGCCAAACACACAUUCAGCCUCUGACUCUUCAUACCUUCCCCUUAAUAGAAGAGAAAGAAAUGUAUUGUUAUCCUAAAGAAUAUAACAAAAGUAGGAACUAAUUAAAUUAUUAAUUAAACUACCAAAACAAAGUAAACUGACAACAAACUCAAAACAAAAAGACUGAACUACCAGGUCUACAUAAAAAAUACAUAAAAAAAUAAUAUGAUAAUUAAAAAUGUCCUACUGUACCCCAGACAUAACCAUGGCGUUUUAUUGAUAUACUUUUUAAUUGAUAUACUGAAAGACUGACAAACAAAUUGAAGUAGGUCCUUAAGAAUAAACUUGAUUCACCGGUGUUCCGGUGUCCCAGAU